UUUCUAACCUUUCUUUUCGGCUCGACACUAGGCUUAAUAGAAAUCAUGAUUGCCUAUGUUUUAGCUGUUGCUCUCUUUGCCAACAUUGUCUUAACUGAAGCUAAGUUUUCUUGGACCAACUGCGCUUCAGACAGCCCGCUGGCGAUCAACAGCCUGGAGAUCGGACCCGAUCCUAUCGUGGUGCCCGGAGAACUGCAAAUUUCCCUGUCCGGAAGUAGCUCGGUGGUCAUCGGCAACUCCUCCCUCAGUCUCAGCAUCAAGCGGGAUACAUGGCUGGGAGAGAUCGGCAUUCCCUGCAUCUCGAACAUUGGGUCUUGUAAGUAUCCAAACAUGUGCACUCUGGUUGAUCAGAUGAUCAAUGAGGAUUGGUUGGGAAUCGCCGCCUCCGUUGGUCGCCAAAUCCGGGACAUGCUGAAAACUACCGGUAUCGACACAUCGCACGCCUGCCCGCAGCCUCCGCGCUCACUGACUAUAGACCACGCUAGCAUCCACCUUCCGGAAAUCCCUGCCGCCCUAUCCAUUUUUGCAGCGGGUGACUACCAUAUCCGCAUCGAGGGCGUGGACGACGCUAGCCAGCAGAUGCUCCUGUGUGUGGACGCCAGGGUCACAGUCCAUGAGGCAUGUACCGGGUUCAGCUGCAUCUUCGGGCGGAAGUGAAUUGUUGAUCGUGUUUAAUUUUACUUACUCUGAAGUGCCCUAAAGCAUAAUAAAGUAGUUUAAUAUAUCGUCAUUUCAAUGAAACUAAAAAUACAAAGUAGACGUUGUUA